AUGAUAUCCACGGCCUUUUUAGUUCUGGGCUCUGCCAUUGUCGACGCUGCUACACCGUGGGAUGGCUCACGCUUCGCUUGGUACACAUCAGAUGCAGGCAACGACUUCCAGAGUGCUCUGCCCAUCGGCAAUGGAAGACUUGGUGCGGCUGUCUUUGGGAUGGCCGAGGAAAAGCUGGUGUUGAAUGAGAACUCGGUCUGGAGCGGCCCGUGGCUGGACCGUGCAAACCCAAAGUCCAAGGAUGCUGUUCCCAAAAUCAGGCAGAUGCUAAUCUUGGGGAACAUAACGGGCGCCGGCGAAUCUGCCAUGGACAAUAUGGCGGGCAACCCAACCUCGCCGAGAGCAUACCAUCCGCUGGUCAACGUCGGCAUCGACUUUGGGCACAGCUCCGGCAUCUCGUCCUACACCCGCUGGCUCGACACGUACCAGGGCACAGCCGGGGUUAAUUACAUCCACGGCGGCACCAACCACAGCCGUGAAUACGUCGCCAGCUAUCCCCAUGGCGUUCUCGCCUUUCGCCUGAGUGCCAGCGGGCAGGGCAAGCUCAACGUCAAGCUUUCCCUCUCUCGCGCCCAAUGGAUUCUCUCCCAGACAGCUCGUACCGGCAGCGGCGCGAGCGCCCACACUGUCGCUUUGAGCGCAAAUAGCGGGCAGGCUUCCGAAGCCAUCACCUUCUGGUCUGAAGCCAGAAUCCUCAACUCAGGGGGCACCGCCACUUCCCCGGAUGGCAAGACUAUUUCCAUAACGGGAGCUGAUAUGGUUGACGUCUUCUUCGACGCCGAGACGACAUACCGAUAUCCCAGCGCUGCCGCGGCGCAGGCCGAGCUGAAACGAAAGCUCGAUGCCGCCGUGGCCGCAGGCUACCCAGCGGUUCGUAAAGCUGCCAUUGACGAUUUCAGCAGUCUCAUGGGACGCGUGAAGCUCGACCUCGGGUCCUCGGGCGAUGCUGGAUUACAACCGGUGCCCACCCGGCUGAGCAACUUCAAGAGGAACCCCAACGCGGAUCCCCAGAUGAUGACCCUCAUGUUCAACUUUGGCCGCCAUCUUCUUGUCUCUUCCUCCCGGGACACCGGACCGCGCUCUCUUCCAGCCAACCUGCAGGGCAUCUGGAACCGGGACUAUUCCCCCGCGUGGCAGAGCAAGUACACCAUCAACAUCAACCUCGAGAUGAACUACUGGCCCGCACUGGUCACCAACCUAGCCGAGACCCAGAAGCCCGUGUUCGACCUGAUCAAUGUCGCCAUUCCCCGGGGCCAAGCCGUGGCCAAGACCAUGUACGGUUGCGACCACGGCUUCAUGUUGCACCACAACACAGACCUCUGGGGCGACGCGGCCCCUGUCGACAAGGGCACGCCGUACACCGUGUGGCCGAUGGGCGCCGCCUGGCUGUCGGCCGACGCCAUGGAGCACUACCGCUUCACGCAGAACAAGACCUUCCUCCAGCAAGUCGCGUGGCCCAUCCUCCGCCAAACCGCCCAGUUCUACCACUGCUACCUCUUCCAAUGGAACAACUACUGGACCGCCGGCCCGUCCCUCUCUCCCGAGCACGCCUUCGUCGUGCCCCAGGGCAUGCGCCAGGCCGGCAAGAGCGAAGGCCUCGACAUCAGCAUCGAAAUGGACAACCAGCUCCUCCACCAGCUCUUCACCAACAUCAACGAGACCUGCGCCACCCUCGGCCUCCCCCCCACUGACCCAGACUGCACCGCCGCUCGCGCCAAACUCCCACAAAUACGCCCGCCCACCAUCAACCCCACCACCUCGCGCCUCCAAGAAUGGCGCUCUUCCUCCUACGCCGACACCGAGCCCGGCCACAGGCACUUCUCCCCGCUCUGGGCGCUCUACCCAGGCAGCCAACUCACCACCUCCGUGUCCCUAACAACGGCCGCUGCCGCCCUCCUAGACCACCGCAUGGCCUCCGGCUCCGGCUCCACCGGCUGGUCGCGCGCGUGGGCGGUGAACCUGUACGCGCGCCUGGUGCGCGGGGACGACGCGUGGCGGCACGCGCAGACGCUCAUCCAGACAUUCCCCUCGCCAAACCUGUGGAACUCGGAUAACGGGCCGGGUACGCCGUUUCAGAUCGACGGGAACUUUGGGCUGGUGGCUGGCAUGGCGGAGGUGUUUUUGCAGAGCCAUGACUGGACUGUGCAUUUGUUGCCAGCGCUGCCAAAAGUGGUGGGUGGGAAGGGGCGAGUGGACGGGUUGGUGGCGAGAGGGGGGUUCGUGGUGCGCGAGUUGGUUUGGGAGGGGGGCUUGUUUGUGCGGGCGAGCAUUGAGGCGCGGAGUGGGGGGUUGUUGAGGGUAAGGGUGCAAGGGGGAAUGGGGUUUUUUGUGGAUGGGAAGAGGUAUGAGGGUGCCGUGGAGACGGAGGUUGGGGGGUUGUAUGAGAUCACUGCUGCGGCGUGA